AUGGCGAUGAAUAAGAAAGCUCGACUGUUUGCACUUUGCCUUUUCCUUUAUUGCAUUCUUUGCUCUCCCAGCUGCGAAUGCAGCUCUUCAGAAGAAAAGUAUUACAUAAUUGAAGUGAAUACAUUUCUUAUUGAAGAGGGGAGGGAUUUUAAUGCCCCGAGUGGGAGACCAAGCAAGGUAGUGGAACUCCAAGAGCUAGGAAGUGAAGGUGCAGAUCUGCUCAUUAAUCAUCUGAACAUAGCCUCCAGUUCAAGUUGGAGGGAUAUGUUGUUGCAAGGGCUGGAAAGGGAUAAGUAUCUUGCUAAUCGCAUCUUUUCCCAUGUUCCUAACAGUACCAAUCUGACAUCCUCUCCUUUAGAGACAAAUGCCUUCAGUGCUCCUGUGUCGUCCGGGAGUGAAAUGCAAGGUCCAGAGUACACUGUAACAGUUUCGAUUGGAACACCAGCUCUGGAACAACUCAUGGGAAUUGAUACGCUCAGUUCCUUAUCAUGGAUUCAGUGCAAGCCCUGCAAGGGUUGUACUUCUAAUGCGAAGUUCCCCUUAUAUGUUGCCAAUCAAUCCUCCUCCUUUAGGUCAGUGCCAUGUAAGAACUCAAAAUGUCCACCCCUGGGAUCAGAUCCCAAGGACUUUCAGUCUACUUGUGACAAUUGGGGUAUGUGCACCUUCACAGACACUAAUAGUCUCGCCCAAGGAUCCGAGGGAGAUUAUAUCACAGAUACCCUGCAGGUGGGUAAAAAUGCAUUCGAAGAAGUAUAUAUAGGAUGCGCCUAUAGCUUCACACCAUCUAGAAAGUUAGCAACAUCCGGGCGUUUGGGGUUGGGCAGGGGUCCCCUUUCCCUAGUUUCCCAGAACGCAGAUGGGCAAUUCUCCUACUGUCUUCCCAAUUACCUCUCUGCUCGUACAACAGGGUCUCUGAAUUUAGGGAAGGACUCAAUUCCAUCCUCUGUGAAAGUCUACACGCCCAUGCAAAAAGAGACCAAGUUUGCUUCAAGUGCAUACAUCUUGGGACUGGAAGGUAUCAGCGUGGGAGGGCAACGCUUAAGCGUGAACAUGCAGGUUCCUGGUGCUCUGCCCACAAUAACCUAUAUUCACACAGCAGUAAUGGCUACCCAGCUGGUGAAACCUGUGUACAAUGAUUUGAGAGCUUCCUUCGAGGAAAAGAUGAAGACAUACGCGCCAGCUGUUAAGCCCGCCUCGCCAUUUGGAGAUUUUCAACCAUGCUACCAGUUAUCCAACAUAACAUCAGUGAAAAUCCCAAUUGUUACUCUUCAUUUCAAAGGCAAUGCCAACUUCGAUGUCCCUGCUGUGGGAACUCUGCUUCAGGUUUCAAGUGAUGUGGUGUGCUUCCCUUUUUCACCCUCUCCAAAUGACGCUGUGAACAUCAUUGGGAAUGUCCAGCAACAGGGUAUUACAGUGGCUUUCGACAAUUUAAACAACAAAAUUGGCUUUGGCUCUGGUUCUUGUUAG